UGACGUGCGGCUCCUAGCUGAUUUAGCAGCUUCCGGUAAACAGGUCUACCGUUCGGGAGAAGAACCAGAGAAGGUCCACAGAAACAUGUCUGAACCCAGCAAGCAGGACAUCGCCGCGGUUUUCAAGCGGCUCCGCUCGGUGCCCACCAACAAGGCGUGCUUCGACUGCUCCUCUAAGAACCCCAGCUGGGCGAGCAUCACCUACGGGGUGUUCCUCUGCAUCGACUGCUCCGGGACGCACCGCUCCCUCGGGGUGCACCUGUCCUUCAUCAGGUCCACGGAGCUUGACUUCAACUGGUCCUGGUACCAGCUGAGGUGCAUGCAAGUGGGAGGAAACAGCAAUGCGUUCAGCUUCUUCAGCCAGCAUGGCUGCACCACCAGCGCCGCCAACGCCAAGUACAACAGCCGGGCUGCGACGCAGUACCGCGACCGGGUGAAGACCCUGGCUACCCAGGCCACCCGCACACACGGGACAGAGCUAUGGUUGGAGAGCCAGGCUCCGAUCUCCCCGACGGUUCCGGACAACAAGCCUGAUGACUUCUUCAGCCUCCACACCCUGGAUGUGACUGAGAACAAGAACAUGCCCCUGAUGAACCUCAGCAGCCCUCCCAUUGAGAAGGCUUCUCUCCAGCCGUCACAGGAGGACAGCAACGGAAACUCGGAGGAGGGUCCCAGCGUGGACAUGCUCGGGGUCUCCCCUAAAGCCCAUCCAGAGCCCACCUCCUCCAUGUUCAAGAAGAAACCGACCGGGGCCAAGAAGACGCUGGGCACCAAGAAGGGGGGCCUGGGGGCUCAGAAGGUGAGCAGCCAGAGCUUCUCCGAGCUGGAGAAGAGAGCGCAGGCCGUGGACAAGCUGAGGGAGAAGGACGACACAGCCGGCCCCCCCGGUCCCGCCAAGACCGGCCGCGAAGACGCCGCCCUGGCUCCGUCUCUGCGCCUGGCCUACAAGGACCUGGAGGCCCAGCGGAAGCUGGAGGACCAGAAGUUGAAGGGGCUGCAGGGCAACCGCAAGGAGCAGGCGGAAAGGCUGGGCAUGGGCAUGGGCAUGAGGAGUGGCGUGUCCCACUCGGUGAUGUCCGACAUGCACAUGAUCCAGCAGGAGGCCCCCGGGGGGGUGAAGGCCCCCAAGCCCCGGAGAUACAUCGAGGAGGAGGACGACGAGGGCAGCUUCAGCCCCAGGGCGACCCCGAGGGCUGACGAGCCAGGGGAGCCGGGGGGGGAGUACUCCUCCUCGUCCCGCUGGGGGGAGCGGGCGGACGGGGGCUGGAGCAAGGAGAGGAAACCGGAGCCCGACUUCUUCCUGACCGCAGGCAUCACGUCUCUGGAUGACCGACCCGCGUCCCGGAGGAAACCAGACCCUGCCCCGGUCUCGGACACCGGAGAGGCCCAGAAGAAGUUCGGAGACUCCAAGUCCAUCUCCUCCGAUAUGUUCUUUGGGAAACAGGACAACUCUGAGUACGAGAGCCGCUCUCGACUGGAGCGUUUCUCCGGGAGUUCCUCCAUCAGCUCAGCCGACCUGUUCGACGACCCCAAGAAGCAAGCGGCGGCGGGUUCGUACCGGUUCACCAAUGCGUUGCCUAGCGCCCCGGACAUGUCCCAGCUCCGGCUCGGCGUGCGCUCGGUUGCCGGGAGGCUGUCGGGCAUGGCGAGCGGAGUGGUCACCUCCAUCCAGGAUCACUACGGCUCCUGAGUGGGUGUCUGUGUUUGUGUUUGUCUGUGAGUGUGUGUGUGUGUGUGUGUUUUGAGUCCAUCGUGAGCUCUGCUCUGCCCGCACCCCAGGAACCCUUCUGUUAGGCGAAGGUCAGAGCCCCCCCCCCCCCCCCCCCCCUCCCCGGACCGUAGAGAGAGAGAAAGGAUGAGGGACAACGGGACGAUCCACCGGGACACCAAACGCAGCGUUUUCCUCCCCAAAAGGAAAAACAAAAAAACUGAAAUAUAUUUAUAGUAUGCAUUGCAUUCCCAGUAUAUUGGAGAUUUGGAUUUACGGCAGUGUGUGUAUAUUUACACAGUAGCUCCACUACCGACCAUGAAACUAGGUAGGCUGUUUCUGUUGGCCUGUAAGCAUCUGAAUAAAGGUUUAUCGUAAGGUUGAGUGAUGCUUUGCUGUGAAGAACAUGAGGGCUGGUGUGACCUCUGAAGGCUAGCUGACCUCUGAAGGCUAGCUGACCUCUGAAGGCUAGCUGGUAUCUCCAAAUCUCUGGUCUGUGGUCAUGAAGGAAUGUGUGGGAUUGGCUCGUUUCCAGUUUAAAUGGCCACUAUUUGACCACCAGGUUGAUUAGCCUUUACAAGCCAUUUCAAAACCUCCCCUUUAGUGACAUCACAAGUGGUUGUGUCCACAGCCUACUAAGUGAACUCUAGCUGCCCAUCAUGUAUCUGUUUGGACACGCCCAUGUGUGAUGUCACUAACGGGUCGAUUUAUGAAUGGAUUGUAAAGACUAAUCGACAUCGAAACAGGUAAAUUAGGGCCCCUUUAAUGUUUUUAGGAUAAAGUUUCCACUAUUGGAGGGCAUUGAUCUGUUGGACAGUAGCUCUGGUCCGCAAUGCCACGUGCACUUUGAUGUACCACGUGCACUUUUCUGUGCACGUGUUUGCUUUGUAUUUAGUCUUUCUGUGCACAUUCCCCAUGCGUGUUUUCAAGUGUCCUUUCUGUCCCCAAAGUGCACUUACAUUUCCCACCUCAUGCGCUGGACCACAACUUAAAUUCCAAAGGAGAAGAGGGCUUGAACUAGUUGGGAGGGUCUUCUCUGCAGUGUGCUGAUGGUCGGUGUGGUGGAGGUGUCUCUGCAUUGUCUGGACUUUAAAGUUGAACCUGUUUCUUCUUCAGAGGCUCUAAGGGGCGAGACAGAGGAGGACAGUCUCAGUAAUUGAUUAAAAAGGGUAAAUGUAGGUCAGUUGCACUUUUUAAACAUGCUUUUAUGUGCUCUUUGUAUGGCAUCAGAAGUGUUAAGAUGCCACUUCAGUUUGGGUUACAUGUUGUUUGUAAAUGGGGAUAUGUUUGAUUUUUUUUUUUUUUUGUUGAGUUGUGGGACUUUUUAGUGUGAAAAUCAUAAACCAAAUUCACUCGUUCAUAUAAUUUCAAGGCAUGUUUUGUGUAUAUACUGCGGAGUCAUAGCAGCUUCUAGACAGGAGUGUUGGGAGAAACCGUUUCAAAUCAUGCAGACUUAUAGGAAAGCUUUUAUUUCUACUUUCACCUAAUUCGUAGCAUUGGCACAAUGUAACCAGGCAAUGUCCUCUGUCCAGACAUGAGUGUUUUUUUAAAGGGUUCUGUUGUGGGGUUGAGGGGUUGAUGUCAACAAGAUAGAUUACAAUUUUCUGUGGCUUUUCGAUCAAGUCACAAUUUACAAGUGUUGCUAUAGAGAGCAGACAUACAUAUAUCUCGUUUUAGAUUUGCAACAGUAUAACGUGAAAAGCAGAAGUUUAUAUAAACGAUGUUCAACAGCAUGUUGUGAUUACAGAUAAAACUGCAACAUUAUGAUGCAGUCAAUCACACAAGGGUGUCUUCUAGAAUUCUCCUUUUAGAAGCUCUGAAUCCCCGGACCAAAUAUGUCGUGAUAAGUCAGAUAUCACGAUAAGCCUUAAUCCAUACGCUGUGGCAGAAGGUGGCAAUAAUGUUGUAGCUUUGUAUCAUUUGUAAGAAUUUGCACGUGGCAGCUUUUGGCUUGAACGUCUGUAGCCUACAUCUUUACAAUCUAGAUUCAUUGUUUAUUCAAAGUUUUCCUGAGCUCCUAAGUAGAAUAUAAUUAUUCAGUUUACCCAGUUUAUAUCAUUUGCUGCUUUAUUUUGCAUUACAUAUUGUAAAUGUGUGACAUAUUGUGAUAUGUGACGUUCUUCCGUCACGCUGAUGGGCGGGGACGCGCCGUUCGGAUAAGAACUCUGAUUGGCUGAAUAUUUGCAUAGUUGAAUAAAUGGUAGCGUAAUUGAUUUCGGAAGCAAUUACCUGAUAACCGUUUUUGGACAUUUUUUGGAAACUUCAGAUGUAUUCAUCUUUUGAGAAGACAAAGCUGUAUUGUUAAAAAGGAAAAAUAAAUGGUUUGUGCCAGAGCAAAAAAUAUA